CGCAGUAACGCUUCCAAAAUCCAAACAUGUUCCCCACCGCCGGCGGCCGCCGCUUCCUCCUGGUCAUCCGCCGCGCCACCGCCGCCGGCACAAACCCUAACGACCACCACCACCACGCCGGCGCGCUCUUAUCCCAUCGCUACUAUUCGGCCCGCGUCGCGAGAAACCCUGAGACGGAAGCCGCCGCCGCCGCCUCCUACCUCGCCGCCUCCUUCGGCCUCUGCCCCGCCGACGCCGCCAGGAUCUCCCGCAAGACCCGCUUCCGCUCCAGCGCCGAUGCGGAAGCCGUCGUCGCCCUCCUCCGCGGCCACGGCUUCUCCAAUGCCAACAUCGUGCAGGUGCUCCCGAAAACCCCGAACCUCUUCACCCUUAACCCCGACAAGAUCCUCCGGCCGAAGCUCGAGUUCUUCGCCUCCCUCGGCGUCACCGCCGCCGCCCUGUCCCGCGCGCCCAUCCUCGGACGCAGCCUGGAGAACCACCUGGUCCCGUGCAUCGAGUUCCUCCGCGGCGUCGUCGGCACCGACGCUAAAGUCCGCGCGGCCAUCUCCCGUAACCCCUGGGCCCUCUGGCCCGACAUUAACAGCAGCAUGCGCCCCGCCUUGGAAGCCCUUCGCAGCCAUGGCCUUUCUGACGCGGACAUCUGCAAGCUUGUCGUCAUCAAUGUCAGCGUUCUCACGAUGUCACCCGACCGCAUCAGGGGGAUCUUUGAGGACCUUGAGGAGCUCGAGUUUCCAGUCACGCACUCGCGCUUCGUGUACGGCUUCUGGGCACUGUCAAGACUCAAGAGGAGGGCAUGGGAGGAGCGCAUGUCCAUGUACAUGAGCUUCGGGUUUACCAGGAGCGAGUUGCUCAAGGCAUUCAGGGAGCAGCCCGGUUUACUAGUGUUCACAGCUACAAGUAUCCACCAGAAGCUCUGUUUCUACCGGGACAAGGUAAAGAUUGCGCUUGCAGAUGUGAUUGCACGACCUCUUCUCUUGACGUUCAGCUUGGAGAAGAACAUCCUCCCUAAAUGUGCUGUGCUGAGUGUGCUAUUGAGGAAGGGCAAGAUUAAGAAAGAUGGGAGAGAGAUGGUCUUGUUCAGAUCGUUGCGGCGUAGCAAUACAAGUUUCUUUGAGAGAUUUGUGAGGAAGUAUGAGAAAGAUGUGCCAGAUGUUGUAAAAGCAUAUGAGGGGAAGAUUAAGUUCACAGGAUUCAUGGAUUAGGAUGUCAUUGUUUGAUUACUCUGAAAGUCUGAAGUCAAAGUGACAGCUUUCCAGGGUGUAUUCUCUAUAGCUUGUAGGUAAGUCUAAAUACAUUUUUACAUUGUCUUGCCAUGCAAUCUUACCUUAAUGUUUGUUGGAUCACUUUUGCCAUAGUACAACUAAUGGCAUCAUCCAAAUCCGAAGUUGUGACAUGUUAUUUAACCUCUGUAUUUUGUAGUUUUGUGGUGUAUAUGCACCUAGAGACAAUUUCUCUUACCUUAAUCUUCACUGAAGGAUAAUACAUCGUAUUUUGUAAGGAUGAUCAGCUCAUUUAACUAUCUGCUGAAUGAACCAAUUUACCCCUGCCUAAUAAUGGUGUCACCAGAGUAUUUCCACUGGCACUUGAU